UUAUACCAUGGUCAUUUACAAAAUAAAAAAACAUUCAAUCAAUAUUUAGUACUUUAUUCUUGUUUUUUCUUUUGGUUUCAUUUUUUCACACAAAGCAGACUAUUAGAUCCGUGAUGCGGCUUGUUGUCACGGUGACAAGGAACACGGCAUGAAGCCGGAAGCCAGGCAUGGUGUGGAGCAAAGAGUUUCUCUAUAUGCAGAUGGCCUACUACUUUAUGUUUCAGAUUUCUCUGUUUCUAUUUCUGCAGUUCCCUCUAUUUUGGGCACAUUUGGUACUAUUUCAGGCUACAAAUUAAAUUUGAAUACAAGUGACUUAUUUCCCCUAAAUAAGCUAGCUCAAAGAGCUCAUAACUUUCCUUUUAGAAUUGCUUCUCAUGGUUUUACGUAUCUAGGGAUUCCGGUAACUGACUGGUUCAGAGACUUUUAUAACGCUAAUUUUCUUCCCCUGUUGAGUUGUAUUCAGGAGGAUUUUGAUCGCUGGUCAGUACUUAACUCGUCUUCUGCUACCCGGAUCAACUGUGUCAAGAUGAACACUCAAAGUUUUUCUAUGUAUUUCAAUGCCUAACUAUCUUCUUAUCUAUGCUCAUAAAAUAUUCCCUCAGUUCCCUAAUGCACCCAUGGAGUUGCCCUUAGAUACAUUUUUUAGGCCUACGCCCUCUCUAAAAGGAAUGAUGACAUACCUCUAUUCUCACAUCUACUCUCUCCGUCUCACCUCUUUGGGGUUAAUAAAGGAGCUUUGGGAAACAGAGUUAGGAGAAGAAAUUCCUGGGGAUAUAUGGGAGGUAGCUCUUAAGAGGGUUCAUAAAUCCUCAAUUUGUGCAAGGCAUAGUCUGGUCCAGUGUAAGAUUCUCCAUCGUGCUCAUUUGACUAAAGUCAGACUUUCUGAAACUUAUAAAGAUGUGGACCCAGCUUGUGACAGAUGUACGUAUGUCACUAGACACCAGCAAAUCAUAUCCACAUGUUCUGGUCUAGUCCAGCUCUACAGUCUUUCUGGAAAGACAUUUUUAGAUCAUUAUCCCAGAUCACAAAUAAAACAAUAGAGCCCAAUCUUUUGACAGCCAUCUUUGGAGCACCUCCACCAUCUGUCCCAUCGUCCUUACAGUGUCUACUUAUAUUUAUUUUGUUACCUUGCUUGCACGGCGUCUAUUUUUAUUUAGAUGGAAGUCUUCAAAUUUUCCGUCCCACACAAUGUGGAUUAAAGAAGUAAUUCAGUUUCUAAAACUGGAAAAAAGAUUUACACUGAAGGGUUCCCUUUAGGAAUUUCACAAAACAUGGGGCCCUUUUUUGUUUAUAUUGAUGGGCUGAUCACUCCAUUUGUUGCAGAGUAAUCUAUUUUUUAGCUACGAAAGGAGGACAAUCGUGCUCUCACCAUUUUUGUAAAAAUGACCUUUUUUCUUUUUUUCCUUUUUUUUUUCUUUUCCUUUGUCUUGCUUUGUUUUAAAGUAGCCCUAUGCAGCUUUUGUUGUGGCUCUGUAUUAUUCUGUGUACAUAUCUGUCUGAUGUAGGGGUUUACUAUUAUGUAGUGAUGUUACCAGAAGAGCCGAGUCGUCAAAGCGCGUAUCGAGUAAUGUAGGCGGGGUUACCAUGAAGCAUGGGCCGAUGCUUGCUUCAUCUGGGGGAGGAGCCACAAUGAUGACGUCUGAAGCUUCACUGCCGGGUUCUAUCACAUGAUUGGUUAAGGAAGUGGUUCAAAUCUGUAACGGCUUUAUAAACCCGCCGGGUCCCGAUCAAAAUGUGGGUUUUUGGAGGAGAGUUGCGAUUAGUUGAGGAUUUGGAUAGAGGUAGGAUAGCGUUGAUUCAAUAUAUUUUGCAGAUAGAGUAGGUGUUCAGGGAAAGAUAGAUUUAUUUAGGAAAGUGAGGAUAUUUAUUGGAUAGGAUGGAGCCAGCAAGGAAGAGGAGGAUCUCCCCUGUAUGGGAACACUUUGAUCUGAUAUCUCCUAAAAAGGUGAGAUGUUUAGUGUGUGCCAAGGAAUUGGGAUACAAUAACAACACCUCAUCCAUGUUAAGGCAUUACCGUGCCUUUCAUGAGAAUGAGGACGAAGUAGGAGCUUCAUCUUCCCAUGCCACCAGAAAACAGGAACUUGAUGAAGCCCUUGUUUCUAUGAUUGUGAAGGACACACAACCCUUCACUAUUGUGGAAGAUAUUGGAUUCAGGGGGUUUGUGUCCAAACUGGAUCCCAAUUAUGUUCUCCCUACAAGGCAGGCUUUGAAGGCCAUGGUGGAGGUCAAAUAUGAGGCAGAAAAGGAGAAGACAAAGGCUAAAAUUCAAAAGGCAGCUGCUGUUAGCCUUACUUCAGAUAUGUGGACAUCCAUGAAUUUGGAUGCCUACCUGGCUAUAACUUGCCAUUUUGUUGGUGAGAAGUCUAAGCUCUGCUCAGUGUUGUUGGGAGUGCAAGAAUUCCCCCAGUCACACACCGCUGAAAAUAUUGCUCACGAGAAAGCCUCAUUGAUGGCGGAAUGGGGAAUCACCAAUAAAGUGACAUGUUUUGUCACAGAUGGUGCUCCCAACAUGGUUGCGUGUGUGAGAGAGCUAAAGCUUCGGCAUCACAUUUGCAUUGCCCAUACUCUUAAUCUGGUGGUUAAGAAGACACUGGAGCAGAACCCAAUCCUCUCUGGCAUCCGGGCCAAAGCAAGGAAGCUGGUUGGCUUCUUUAGAAGCAGCACUACUGCCAAGGAGAAGUUUACACAAGUGCAGCUUCAUAUGGGCAUGCCUGUAAGAAAACUCUUGCAGGAAGUGGAGACCAGAUGGAACAGCACAUAUCUGAUGCUCCAACGUCUGGUUGAUCUCAGAGAGCCUGUUGGAGCAGCUUUAGCAGGACUACAACAUGACAUUCCCAUGAUCACCUCAGAAGAAUUUAAAAUUGUCGAAGGUUGUAUGUCUUUGCUGUCCCCCUUUUAUGAGGCCACUGUAGAGCUGUCGGCAGAGGAAAACGUAUCUGCUUCUAAAGUCAUACCUCUUCUGAAAAUGCUGGAACAAAAUCUCCAGGAGGAAAUGACAAAACCAGGUCCUCCUGCAGCAUUGGAAAUGGGAGAAGUGCUCAUCAGGCAGUUACGGGAGAAGCUGUACACAUUACAGUCAAUGAGUAUAAUGUCACUUGCCACACUCCUGGAUCCCCGGUUCAAAAUUAUUGGAUUCUUCAGUCAAACAAAAGCCACUGAAGCUGUGAAGCGACUGACUGCAGAAUGCUCAACAAUUAUAAGGUCACAGCAAACCCGAGAGGACAUCCCCCAGGCAUCUACCUCUAAUGAAGUCACUGGAGGUAGCAAACUUUGGCAUCGUUUAGACGUCAGCGUCAUGGAGGCAAGAACGUCACAAAAUGCAACUGCGGAUGCUACUGUGGAGGUGCAGCGAUAUUUGUCCGAACCAAACAUUGGAAGACUUGAAAACCCUCUGGAGUACUGGGAGAGACAACAACUCAUCUACCCAACCCUGUACAAACUUGCAAUUGCCUUUCUGUCCACACCCGCAUCUUCUGUUCCCUGUGAAAGAGUCUUUUCUAAAGCAGGAGAAGUUGUGUCUAAAAGAAGAAAUCGCUUGAAACCAAAAACUGUCGAGAAACUCUUGUUUCUAAAUAAAAUUGAAUAACCCUCCCCAUCUUGAACAUCAUAUUUCCAGUUACAUAAGCACUGUAUGGCCUUUAUACAAGUUCCACAAGCACUCAAAUAUGUUGACAAAACAGAUUAAGAAUAUAGUAUACCUUAUUUGUGAUUAUUUUGUAAAGACAUUUUUCAGUCAUACAUGUUUUGCUAUUCAUAAUAAUUCCCAUAGUGUUAAUUGUAUUGUAACAAGUGAUUCUGGUGAAGAAGCCUGUAAUUCCAAGCUUGGCCAGUAGAUGGUAUCGUGGACACAUGAAGCUUCAAGAAAUGAACCCUUUCUCAAACCAAUGGCUGAAGUGGUUCAGUGUCCCACAAUGCUUCAUCUCACCAUCACUACUAUUAUGUAUAAUUUCUUUUUUAGUAUUCGCACCUGUUUGAAAAUACAAAAAUCAAACAAAUUGUGUCUGACAUCACCGUGAAAAGGGUCUAUUGUGUGUGUUCUUACAAAUCUGUGUGUUGUUGUUGUGAGUUUUAGUGUUUGCUGAGGUUGUUGUUGGCCUUUUUUCAGAGCAUUGUACACAUCAUUCAGAUCCAUUAAGUCUCUAAACUAGAACCUAUUACUGUGAACUUCAGCAGAAUUUUGGCCUGCAGACAUCAUUUUGGUGGAGACUCCAUGCUUGAUGCACUGCGCAGCUGCACGGCUUCACUCAUUGUUAACUGAGCCGCUACGAAGCACCGCUAAGAAGAAUAUGUCUCACAACAACCAAAACUGCAAAGCUGAAUAUUUAAUACAAGCUUGUUCUUGCAAGAUCGUGUUGUUUUGGUGUGGUGUUGAGCUGCUCAGAGAGGCUCAGUGUGCUGGUUGGCAGCACAGCACACUUAGGUUUAGGUGGAAAACAAAAAUAAUCCUGCUUUUUCCCCAAAUGCAAUUCGCAUUGCAGAGGCAGUAAUAACUAUUAUUAUAAUUUAAAUAGAGCUGUCAAGCGAUUACAUUUUUUAAUCGCAAUUAAUCGCAUUGUCCACAGUUAACUUGCGAUUAAUCGAAAAAUUAAAA